CUGCUUCUCCUCUUUGCCUGACUAACACUGAACAGUCUCAGAUUAGUGAAACAUUGAACUCGUCUCCAAACAAAGGUGUUUUUAUGGGACAUGGAACAGAAGACACCAUUUCAUCUGGACCUGAUGAAACAGGCGUAGUGUGUGCAUCGUGUAGUCAAUCUGAAUGUGUUGGUGUGGAGCUGUCCGUGUUCCAUCGUACGCAGCCUUUCUGUCUGCAAAGGGUUUAAGACCAAAAUACUCUUAUUUUAAAAAACAGGAACUAUAAAAAGUUUGGUUUAUUUCUUUAAUAAAGAACUUAAAGUGUUAUUUUAUAAUCAGACGUGUUGGAACUAACUUUCUUCUGAUCAUCUAUUCAGUGAAUGGUGCUAUAGCUCUACCCAGUGCAGGGGAGAUACUCUCAUCUGUUGCUCUGAUACUUAUCUUGGGAUCAAACUUCAUAUUCUUGUCAGUAUGGAUUAAGUAAUGACUAGUUUCAGAUAAAUAAAUGAAUUGUUUAAACAUUUAAAUAUCAAGAAAUAGAAAGAAUCUUAAUUCCAAAAGUCUAAGAGGAGAUAUUCAACGUGCUUCUUUAAUCUGAACACUAAACAGUAUUUGAUAUGAAAUGAUAUCAAACAGAAGAAAGUCUUUAUUUAACAAUGUGACUGAAGCACUGACUCUGUGUUCUCCUGCAGUGAUGCUCACAGUACAUCAUAAGUCCCUGUAGUGAUAUCACUGUGAGUCAAUAACCUCUGAAGUGUGUUUGUGCAGAGAUCCCCUCAGUGUCUCUGCUCCAGAAGUCCCCCUCCUCUCCAGUCAGCUGCCACGCUACAGGUUUCUACCCGGACAGAGCCGCCAUGUUCUGGACCAGAGACGGAGAGGAGCUUCACGACAACGUGGACCACGGAGAGAUCCUGCCCAACCACGACGGAUCCUUCCAGAUGAGCGUGGCCCUGGACGUCUCCUCAUUCCCCGCUGAACACUGGGACAAGUACCGAUGUGUGUUCCAGCUCUCUGGGGUGAAGGACCACGUCAUCGUACUGGACCCAGCUGUGAUCAGGAGCAACAGAGGGAAUCCCCUCCUCCUCCCCCUCAUCAUCGGUGCUGCAGUGGCUGCUCUCGCUCUCCUCCUCAUCGCUGGGAUUGGAUUCCUGGUUUACAGGAAGAGGAACGCCAAUAAAAAACCUCUCUCUGCUGCCUCCAGCGCUGAGCUCACUGAGAGACUGAACCAGCCAUCAGAGUGAGGUGCUUCACAUCAACUCUCCACCUGUUGCAUCAGGGGGCGCUGCCUCCACGUUCUCCCCGUAAACUGUUCAUUAUUCAUCAUCUGAUCAAUAACUGAUCAAUAACUGAUCAGUAACUGAUCAAUAACUGAUCAAUAACUGAUCAGUAACUGAUCAAUAACUGAUCAGAUUAGGGUUUGGAAAUCAGGUAAUAGCUCAUUGAUUAGAGAACAGAGGAAUCAUGUUAUUUGGAUCAUUUGGGUUUCACAUCAACAGGUGGCUUUCCCUCUGAUUAUGGAUUUACACACACACACACACACACACACACACACACACACACACACAUACACACACAUACACAUCUUACUCACACACACACACACACACACACACACACACACACACACACACACACACACUCAGGUAGCAGCGAGUGAUCUUGUUUCUUUAUUUCUAAAUGUCUCUUGAAUUGGUUUUAAAACAUGGUGUUUGUGAUUUUGAUAAUGUUGCUAUUAUUUAGGGGCAGGGAGGUUUUGUGUACGUAGCCAGCGCACUGUGACGUUCUCUUUAGUUUGGGGUUCAGAGGUGAGCGUGACAUGAAGUCGCUCUGCAUUGUUAACCCUUUCCUGUCCGUGUUUCUCUUUCCAAUAAAAACCUUCUCCCAAA